GCUUCUAAGUAGAAGGGCUGGGAUUGGAAUGGGAUCUGUCUGCCUCCAGAGCCCAUAUUCUCGUGGUAUUGGGCUCCCUAACACAAGGUGUUCUGAUAUUUCAGGUGAAGAGAUUGUUUUCUGAAGGCUGCGUUGGAGGCUGUGACAGAGCAGAGUCCUUGUGAAGCUGACGGGCAGGCUUUCUGAAUAACAUGGCCCUUCGCCAUUAGCCUUGCCAUGACCACAUUUUUCACCAGCGUCCCCCCCUGGAUUCAAGAUGCAAAGCAGGAGGAGGAAGUGGGCUGGAAACUAGUUCCCAGGCCUCGGGGCCGGGAGGCGGAGAGUCAAGUGAAGUGCCAAUGUGAAAUCUCGGGGACGCCCUUCUCAAAUGGGGAGAAGCUAAGGCCUCACAGCCUCCCCCAUCCAGAGCAGAGACCGUAUAGCUGCCCUCAGCUGCACUGUGGCAAGGCUUUUGCCUCCAAGUACAAGCUGUAUAGGCACAUGGCCACCCACUCGGCCCAGAAACCCCACCAGUGCAUGUACUGUGAUAAGAUGUUUCACCGUAAGGACCAUCUGCGGAACCACCUGCAGACCCAUGACCCCAACAAAGAGGCCCUCCACUGCACUGAAUGUGGGAAGAAUUACAAUACAAAGCUGGGCUACAGGCGCCACCUAGCCAUGCAUGCUGCCAGCAGUGGUGACCUCAGCUGCAAGGUAUGCCUGCAGACCUUUGAGAGUACCCAGGCCCUGCUAGAGCACCUGAAGGCCCAUUCACGCCGGGUAGCAGGUGGUGCCAAGGAAAAGAAGCAUCCCUGUGACCACUGUGACCGGCGGUUCUAUACUCGUAAGGAUGUACGGCGGCACCUAGUGGUGCACACAGGCCGUAAGGACUUCCUGUGCCAGUACUGUGCCCAGCGAUUUGGCCGCAAGGACCACCUGACGCGUCAUGUCAAGAAGAGCCAUUCGCAGGAGCUGCUGAAAAUCAAGACGGAGCCAGUGGACAUGUUAGGCCUACUCAGCUGCAGCUCCACGGUCAGUGUGAAAGAAGAGCUGAGCCCUGUGCUGUGCAUGGCCUCUCGAGACAUGAUGGGGACCAAGGCCUUCCCUGGCAUGUUGCCUGUUGGCAUGUAUGGCGCCCACAUCCCUACCAUGCCCAGUGCAGGGGUGCCACACUCCCUGGUGCACAAUACGCUGCCCAUGGGUAUGAGCUAUCCUCUGGAAUCCUCUCCUAUCUCUUCCCCAGCUCAGCUCCCUCCAAAAUACCAGCUUGGAUCUACCUCAUACUUGCCCGACAAAUUGCCCAAAGUGGAGGUGGAUAGUUUUCUGGCAGAGCUUCCUGGAAGCCUAUCUCUCUCCUCCGCUGAACCCCAGCCUGCCUCACCUCAGCCAGCAGCAGCUGCAGCCCUCCUAGAUGAAGCACUGCUCACCAAGAGCCCCGCCAACCUCUCCGAGGCCCUCUGCGCUGCUAAUGUGGACUUCUCCCACUUGUUGGGCUUCCUUCCACUCAACUUACCCCCAUGUAACCCGCCCGGGGCCACAGGAGGCCUGGUCAUGGGAUACUCCCAGGCUGAGGCGCAGCCCUUACUCUCUACUUUGCAAGCCCAGCCUCAAGAUUCCCCGGGAGCUGGGGCACCUCUGAACUUUGGGCCUCUGCACUCCUUGCCUCCUGUGUUCACCUCUGGCCUGAGUACCACCACCCUGCCUCGGUUCCACCAAGCAUUCCAGUAGCCCCCACAGAGGCCCUCAGCUCAAUCUUUGGCUCUGUCAGGGAGCCUUAAUACCCACCCCAUCCGCGCCCCCCCGGAAGGCAGCUGAGAUUUCAGAGCUGGGUUUGAAAAGAGAAAAUUUCAGUUUGGAGCACUUGGUUUGGGGCUCAAGCUCCAGGAUCAAUUCCAGGAAGCGCCUUGAGCCCCAACCCCGUGAAAAGGUCUCACACCAUAGGACAUCAGGUAUUUUUACUUUUGUAUUUUUGAUCUGAAUCGGGAGCCACACUUAGCCCUCUCCCUCUCCAAAGUGUCAGACCCUCUUUCUCUUUGGAGAAGUGGGAGGCCUCUUGGAGACACUGAGGGUUUCACCUUGGAUGACCUCAAGAGAAGUAGCCCAAGAAGCCCGCCUUCUGGCCCCAACCUGCAGACUGCAGCAGUCAGUUGGUCAGGCCCUGCUGUAGAAGGUCACUUGGCUCCAUCGCCUGCUUCCCACCAGUGGGCAGGAGAGAGGGCCUCUGUUCUUCCCGACCGCCCCCCGCCCUACUGUACCAACGCCUCCGUUUUCAGUGUUGUCCAGCAACGGUACCGUUUACACACCAUUUCACCUCCCUUGCCAAGCUGUUAGCCUUAGAAUGAUUGCAGUGAAUACUGUUUACACACCGUGAAUCCAUUCCCACCAGUCCAUUCCAGUUGGCACCAGCCUGAACCAUUUUGGUACCUGGUGUUAACUGGAGCCCUGUUUACAAGGCGGAGUCGGGUCUUGCUGACUUCUCUUCACUUGAGGUCACAUUUUUCCCCUGUGGGGAAAUAAACUGACUUUGGACUGCUUCAGUCUCUGCCAUCUUCCAUGACUGCGUCUGUUCCUGCCUUCCUUGGCAGUGUCCACAGGAGACAGGCAAGAAGAUUGGAGCAGUUUUCUCACAGGUCUGCAGUUCUGUUUUUCUCCAAGUAUAUCAUGAUGCCUCCAUCCUCUUUUUGAACUGGAGAGGGGAAGAAUUGAAAGGCAUGCCCACAUUCAACACUUCCCCGUUCCCUGGCCCCACGUAAACAUCCUGAGCUGUUGUUAUUAGUCAUAGAAGGAGGGACUCUGGGUUCUAGGCUGGUGGGGAUAGCAAAGGAGAGGGGACGAACCCCUCAUUUAUCUCCCUUUUACCCACCUCUUUUUCUAGGAAGUCGUGGAAUUGUUGGAAAAAGUUUUUAGAGUUAGAACUGGGCAGAUGGUUGAGUCUUAAUUUAUGGGUGCAUCAUUGCCUCUCAUACUGAAAUUUUUCUUAUCUACAAUGUCCGUUGUCUUUCCUUCACUUUGCAGUCCUCAUAGACUUGGGCCACUGUGCAUAGGCUUUUCUGGUCCAUCAGAGCUUCUCUCUCCCUGUGGCCUCCCUCCAUUUUCCCCUAGUAUCCAACAAGGUUUUUUGCAACAAAUGAUUAAUUAUUCUUUUCUGACUUGUGGGCCUCUCUGCCACAGACCACAUGGCCCUUCCCCAGAACCCAACUGAAUCCCAACCUACUUCAUCUCAGUUUUGCAGGGGCUUCACUUGUGGAAGGGAGGCAGUUCAGAGAUCUCCAUUGUGAGACCCUCUGGAUACACCUCUGAUUCAGAAACACACUUCUACCUCUUUACUGUUAACUCCUACAGAUGCAGCCAGCGGUUUCUGGGCACCUCUCUCUGGGUGUCUCAUGCUGACUUCUCCACUAGGGUUUCAGGACACACCACCAAGAAACUGCCUCAGCCUCCCGUCAGACCUCCCUCACUGCCCCCUGCCCCCACACUUCUGUCUAGAUUCACUUGGUUUAUCAUCAGGAGCAGAGCAGGUCUAAGACCCAGGCUUCUGCCUCAGUCCAGGCCAGUACUCCUUGUUUGAGGUGGAAGCCUUAAAUUUUAGCCCCCUGACCCUUGAUUGGAAGCAAUGUAGAAUGAAUACACAUGUUUUGAUUUAGGCAGGAUAGCUUGGGAUACCUUUAAAGAUACAAAACCAGAUAUAUAAUCAUCUGGCAAGGUUAGAAUCAGACUAGGUGAUUUGCUUCUAAAAAUUAGUUUUGGUGAGUCCCAGGGACUAAUUGAGGUUUAUUUGAAAAGCGUCUACUGUGGUACGCAGCCAUCUCCUGCAUGCUAUGCAUGUGAUCAGGACUUGUAUUACAGGAAAUGGCCUGUGAGCAUCCAGGUGGGACUCUGCUGCCAUUGUCCUGUCAUAUCUGGGCUUUGUCGCUAGACCCAGCCGCCCUUCUUCGCUUGCCUGCCACCUUCCCUGCAUCCUCAUUUGACGAGGCAAAUGGGCUCGGUGGCCAGAGGAGUCCUGUCUUCUCUGCCUGCCCUUUUCCGUCCCUUGAAUUCUCUUCCCCCAUUAGUGAUGCUGGGGAACUCAUAGGAUAGACAAAGCAAUUUUUUAAUUAGGGCCUCACCCCCACCUCUUGCCUUUUUGCCUUGCCUCCCCUACUCCCACUGCAUCCCUUCAUCCUGUUUCUCCUCUUCUCUCAAUGCCCUCACCACCCACAAGGAAUUUUUCUAUCACUGUGAACUUUGCUGGUGCAGAGGAACAUUAUCUGCUUUCUUUUUUUUUUUUUUUGGACCAUAGCCAUCCAGCUGUUUCUUAAACCUUCUUCCCAAAAUCAAAAAAAAAAAAAAAAAAGGAAAAAAAAGCCUUAACGGCCUGUUGUUUAAAGGAUAAUAUAGCUUUUUCCUACACUCAGUACCCACUCACUUUAGCACCCUACAGAGGCCAAGACAGCCUGGGGGCAUCUGCCCAGGAUAGGGCAGGUGACUGGGACCAGAAAAAAAGGGAGAUAUCCCUUUUCCCCACUCCUUCCUCCAAUGAGCUGUCCUGAAUAGGAGUAAGCACCUCCCACCCUCCACAGUAGCUGGUCAGGGCUCAAUGCAGUCCUGGGGUCCAGGGGAUGACAUGCACAAGUGUCAGCUCAGAGGACCUCUGAGACCCUCUUCAAAGAGAUGGGAGGGAAAGGAGCACCA